CACCGGAUAUGUACGGUGCGCUUUCCGGUCCCGAUUCGCAUUCUCCAACCGCGUUCCUUGUGUGUGUAGUAAGCAAUUGCAGGGAGAAAGUAGGUAACCGGUUUAAAGUUAAUUCCCCUCUUUGUACCAUCAUCAAUACAUCGCGGCAUUGAUAAUUGUUCCCGAUCUGGAGCAGUACACACCGCUCCGUGACGCGACUAGCGAUAUACAUGUUGACCGACCGGCAACAUCAUCCCCACCACCGCAAACCGCCGCCAUUAAAAAUGGUCCACUUCCCCGAGACAUCGCGGAGUAAUGCACCGACCAUCCUCCAGUUCACCAGCAAUAUGCCGUCACUGCGGGGUCACCAUCAUGCGGGAAUUAAACCCGAGGAGCAUUUGCCGGCCAUUAAGGCCCAUCAUGCCGGCCUGUUUACGGAGCACGCGGGGAAUUAUGAUUUGAGGAAGUUGUAUGAUGAGUGGCGGGCGAGUUUGGCGGUGGGCUAUAAAGUGCCCAGAUUGUGCCGGCUGGAACAGGCCAAGUUGCCGGUACUGCAGGAGCACGUCAAACGCCGUCUCUCCCAGCAUAGUGCCUCAUCGCCUCCCACUUUCCGCGCACGCAACGAUCAAAAGUCCACCAGGUUGAAUAUUCGCAAUGACUCGGACAAGACUGGUGCCGGAAGUCGAUACGAAUGCCUGGCGAAAAUUGGCCAAGGCUCCUAUGGAAACGUGUACAAAUGUCGCGACCGCGAAACCGGUCGAGUUGUGGCCAUAAAGAAGUUUAUUGAAAGCGAGGACAAUCCCAGCAUAAAAAAGAUUGCUUUCAGAGAAAUAAAAAUUUUAAAACAACUUCAUCAUCCCAAUAUCGUGACGUUGAUAGAAGUUUUCCGACGGAAACAGAAGCUGCACUUGGUAUUCGAAUACUGCACUCGCACUUUGUUGGACGAGAUACAGCUUAACAAAUCCGGUAUUCCGGAAAUGGACGCCCGAAAGAUCAUCUCGCAAGUCAUCCAAGCCUUACGUGUCGUGCACCGUAAUCGUUUUAUCCACCGUGAUAUUAAGCCGGAAAACAUUCUGCUGACGAGCCGACGCGUCGUUAAACUCUGUGAUUUUGGAUUCGCUCGACCAAUGAACAAGACAGCCCCGGAAAUCGACCAGUACACGGACUAUGUCGCCACCCGUUGGUACCGUGCACCGGAACUGCUGAUGCCCAUGCCAGCCUAUGGUCCCGGUGUUGACGUAUGGGCAACCGGCUGCGUGUUUGCCGAAUGCAUUUCCCGGCAGCCAUUGUUACCCGGCACAACGGAUAUUGAUCAAUUAUACCUAAUUCGUAAAAUGUUUGGAGACACAUCCAAUCUCCCGUCGAUACACUCGCAGCAGCUGACGCCCGUAUCCGACGCGACCAACCUCGUCGACGUCGGCGCGGAUCUGUCGCUAAGAAAGGUGCCUCUACAUAAGAAAGUGCCUUUCAUCAGUCGAGAAGGAUGCGAGAUGUUAGGUUUAAUGAUGCAGAUCAAUCCACUUAAAAGGGCCGCGGCUAACGAGCUUCUGCAGAAACCCUAUUUUGGCAUCUUUUCCGGUGGUAAUGGAUUAGGCAACACUAAUAAGCCACCUCCUAGGAUAUUCCGGCCAAAGGUAGAACAAAUCCACCCGGGCCCUCUGGAAGACCAGGAUCACGUCAUGCAUUUCUCUAAGGUGAUCCGCAAGGCUCCCUCGCAUGAAUCCCUCUGUAAUUCUGAGAGUCCACAGUUAUCUUUGAUUACCUUGCCGUCCGUACCGGAAAACCUUAAUCUGGAGAACAUAAAUGCCGAAACCAUCUCCUUAACAUCCGAAUUAGUGGUUCCGGUAUUAUUGGAUGCUCGGCACGAUGAUCCGCCUGUAGAGAAUGUCAACACUGCGACUUUGACAAAAGAUGCUGCAGUAAUCAAGACGGCAGCACAGCCACUGAAACCGCUGACUAACAAGAAGGUUAGGGAACAUCCACCGCCACUGCGUCGUACCCGGUCUCGUCCAAAUUUCUUACCACAGAUUGACGGUAAUAAGGGACAAGUGAUAGGUACAUAACCUGCAAUCGAAACCAUCUGGUCGUCAUAUCAGCACUCUUCUGUCAGAGUCUGUCUUAUGUAAUGAUAUUUUUCUUGAAUUCUUUCCGGUUUUUCGUCAUCUGCCCAAACCUGGGCACUGUAUAUUUUGAUGUAUGUUUCUCUUUGCUGUUGAAUUGUUUCGUAUCGCACUUCCGAUUUUGUAAUCCUUUUUAUACUGUUGAUAUUCUAUUGUUCUGUCGGUAAUCGCGGCACAACGUAACAAACGCACGUUAAUGCAAAGAAUAA